AUGUCACCGCCUUCGGCCAUUAUUGAGACCGCCACCAGCAAUGGAGACAAGCCUUCGGCGGCGGCACCGCUUGAACCGGGGAUCAAGAACGCAGAUGCAUACAUGCAAGCCAUGAAGUUUCCCAUGCCUCCCAAAUUUGACGACAAGUUGAAAGAGAGGGAGUAUUUGAAGGGGAAGCUGGCGGCCGCCUUCAGAAUAUUCGGUAAGUACGGAUAUGAUGAGGGUGUAGCGGGACACAUCACACUGCGCGACCCUGUAGACCCAGAUACGUUCUGGGUCAACCCGUUCGGCACCGCCUUCAGUCUGAUCAAAGCGUCCGAUUUGAUUCUCGUCAACGAGGCGGGCGAGGUGAUUGAUGGUGGGGAAAACCGAUUGCUGAACCAGGCGGCGUAUGCAAUUCACAGUGCCAUACACGCCGCCAGACCUGAUGUCAACUGCGCCGCCCACUCGCAUACAAUCUAUGGGCGCGCGUAUUGUGCGCUUGGGAAGAAGCUGGACACGAUUACACAGGAUACGUGCGCGUUCCACAACGACCACGUUGUCUACGAUUCCUUCAACGGUGUCGUGCUCGCGGCUGAGGAAGGGCGCAACAUCGCAAAGGCACUGGGGCCACACAAGGCCGCGCUCCUACAGAACCAUGGGCCGGUGACGGUAGGGAAAACCAUCGAGGAAGCGGUUUUCUGGUUCGUGGCGCUGGAUAAAUGCUGCCACGCACAACUGCUUGCGGAUGCGGCAGCGGCGGGGACGGGCAAGCAAACGGUCAAGAUCAGCGACGAGGAUGCGGAAUAUACAGCCAAGACUACGGGUGGCCCGCUGGCUGGAUGGUUCUCGGCCAAGCCAAUGUUCGAUGUGGUGGAGAAGGAGACUGGUGGGGAGCAUUUGCAGUAG